AAAUUAAAAGGGGGUUAGUUCAUCAGGAGACGGCAGCACGUAGCACAGUCGCGGCGACUCUCUAGGGUUUCUAUUUUCGACCUUCAUCUACCAGGUCGGGCGAACCCUAAUAGAGGUGAGCUCUUGUCGUCAGCCGAGCAUGCUUUAGGUCAAAACAUGAACUUCAUUUCGAAGCAUUAGUGUCUUCUCCGUCUCUAAUUUCUCCUAGCCUCUUGCAGGAAAGUAAACCCUAGGCACAGUAAAGAUGGUGUCUGCCAAGAAAACUAAGAAGACGCACGAGAGCAUCAACAACAGGCUUGCUCUCGUUAUGAAGAGUGGCAAGUACACGCUAGGCUACAAAACAGUUCUUCGUUCUCUCCGAAACUCCAAAGGGAAACUUAUAAUUAUCUCGAACAACUGUCCCCCGCUGAGGAAAUCUGAGAUUGAGUAUUAUGCGAUGCUUGGAAAGAUCGGUGUUCACCAUUAUAAUGGAAACAAUGUUGAUUUGGGAACAGCUUGUGGGAAGUAUUUCCGUGUGUCUUGCCUCAGCAUCGUUGAUCCCGGUGAUUCUGAUAUCAUCAAAUCACUUCCGGGCGAUCACUGAGCAAAACAAGUUGGAUGUAUGCCUCUUGGGAUUUUUCCAAGUUUCAUGUGACAUUAGGGUUUUUAAUCCCCCAAGUCUUUCUGAGGGACAUUAUACCUUCUCAAUUUCAUUUUUUCAUUUUGGUUUGUUAUUUUACCUUGUUGUCUUCAUUCAUGAUGGCACCCGUGCCUUAGUUUUGGGAAUCAGAGCCAGACCUACCCCAUGCUUACUGCGAGCAUACGCAUGUGUCUGCCCAGGGGUCCGAACAGAUGUGUGAAUCUAUGCAUUCUAAUUCUUGGCUUUUCCAGGGUGUUGGAUUGAUGGAUGUCACUCUUGGAAAUGCUGUUUAAGUUACAGUAGACCGGCUAUUUUUAUUA